GAUAACAUGGCGUGGUCUAAUCACUGUCGGCAAUUACUGGAUAAGUUAAAUACACAAAGGGAGGCUGGCUUCCUGUGUGACUGCACCAUCCUGAUCGAUGACAUCCAAUAUAGAGCACACAGAAAUGUGUUGGCUUCAUUUAGUGAAUAUUUCAGGGCCUUAUUCCAGGACACUUUGGACUCUACUGUACAUUUGGAUCAGAAGAUGGUGACACCAGCCGGGUUCCAGACAAUGUUGGAUUUUAUUUAUAGUGGUGACUUGCAUUUCAAUAGAUGUAACAUAGAAGAAAUAUAUACAGCUGCUGAAUUUCUGAGGGUAGAUGAAGUUGUUUCAAUAUGCAUACCUAAAAUGGACACCACUAUGGAGGUGACCUCCUUUGUUACUGAGGUACCCCUAGCUAAGGACUUCCAAGAUACACAUGAAGACUCUUCUAUUUAUCACACACCUAGUAAAAGUAAUACAGACAAAACAGACGCUAUAUGUUUAGCCAAAAAAACUGCAAAUAAAAAAUCUCUUAGGAGUAAGAAAUGGAAACGGACAAUGCUCUCUCAUAAAAUAUGCCUAAAAAAGGUUUCUGAGCAGCAGAUUCCACUUACCAGCUCUGUUCUGAGCACGGAUGCAGGUCAGAUGGAUGAAACGUUGGCUGAACAUCCCCCCCAGGUUAAAGAUAACUGCUUACUAUCCUUUACAACCGUGCUGAACUGUGAAAACCUUCGGAAGGACGAUCGUGUGGUACAGCCCCAGGAGAAAUACAUCAAGUCAAAAGAACUCUAUAUGAGUAACAUUACAGGUGCAGCUGAUGUCUGCAAAAUGGAAGGCAUGACAGAGGACAUUGAACAGAAAUACUUCAAGAAUAAGCCUACAUGUAGUAUAUGUUGUAAAGUUUUCUCAGAAGGCAGCAGCCUCCGGCGCCACAUGCGGAUUCACAAAGGCGUCAAGCCGUAUGUUUGCCAUUUAUGUGCAAAAGCUUUUACACAGUGUAACCAGCUGAAAACACAUGUACGGACUCAUACAGGAGAAAAGCCGUAUCAGUGCAAACUCUGCAAUAAAGGGUUUGGCCAGAAAUGCCAGUUGAUCUUUCAUAGACGAAUGCAUCAUGGAGAGGAGAAGCCAUACAAAUGUGAUGUGUGCAAUCUACAGUUCGCAACUUCAAGCAAUCUGAAGAUUCACUCUAGAAAACAUAGUGGAGAAAAGCCAUAUGUCUGUGACCGAUGUGGUCAGAGGUUUGCACAGGCCAGUACCCUGACAUACCAUGUCCGCCGUCAUACAGGAGAAAAGCCAUAUGUCUGUGACACAUGUGGGAAAUCAUUUGCUGUAUCAAGUUCUCUAAUUACUCAUGCAAGAAAACACACAGGUAACAAUAAAUGUCACGGCUUAUUAAGAACAUUGUCCAAAGAACAUAAAAAAACACUUCAAUG